AACACGGUCAACGUCACGUUCGCCCAUCAGUCGCUACGAGUACAUUGUCACCGCAGGAGGAGAGUACAGUACAGGGCAAAGGAGAAGGCGAAGGCAGACGCGGAAGCUCGGUCUUCAAGGCCAAAGCAAAAGCAUCACGAUGACCCUGCAAGAAGCGACGACCGUGUCCGCGUCCGUGCCCCUCGGGGCUGAGUCCGCGAAACUGCCAGCAGCAGCUCCAUUAGCGAGCAGUUCGGCUCGUACCUCGUCGCCCUCGGCCCCCGCCCUGCUGCAGCACCUUCUCCACUCGCUACGUACCUCGGCGCCCGUGCUGCAUCUGGGACAGUCGGGCCGCGUCAAGCUGCAUGUCCUCUUCGGUGCGCCGCGGCCUGCGCGCGAGCUCUACGCGCUCGCGCACGUACAUCCCCUCCGACCUGACGGCAAGAACGGUUGGCUGGAGGCCAAUGUGACUGAGGCGUGGUGUGAAAAAGUCUUUCUCUCUGCCAGCUGGGAGGAGGGGGACGAGAAGGUGGGAGAAGGAGGCUCUCGCCUCAUCUACGCCCUUGAGUGUUUCCUUUACACGCUCCCCAACCACCGCUCCGCUGUGCUGUACGUGUCCAAACUGGACACGACAGGCUACGCACCUCCUGGCAUAAUUGACCCGGUAUUCAAGGAUGCACGUCCGUUCAUCUCCGCCGUGCUCGCUAAGAGGCAACAGGACUCCGCGCAAGGGCGGGCAACACCAACACCUGUGCCAACGACACUGGUCAAGCUCCUCACCCACUCCUUCUUGAGUUAUUUCACCUCUUUUGCUCACUGGCGUCUUCCUGUCUCCCAUCCAUCGCCCUCCUUCUCCCGGGAACAAGGUGAAUUCGCUAUCGACCACCUGAGCCUGCACAUUCUUGCGCGCGCACAAGCCGCCUACUUAUUCCCCAGCAGUCCGGACAAUACCCGCAAGCACGUUCUGAGCGAUGCAGCACUCAUCAAGUGGUGGCGGUCCGUCGUCAGCGAUGUCGUCGCAAAUGCACAGCUGCCGGCGCCGGCGGAGCACAGCGAUGGAGAGCCGGAAAAAUCAUCAUCGGAUGUGAACGUGGCAGGCACCGCGACCCGCGUAGAUACGUUCUACCUCAUUCCAGGCUACAGCGCCGUCGAAUCUACCGACCUCAUUCCUCUUCCCCCCAAAGCUUCCGCGGCUACGUCUGUCGCCACCGCUCUCCAACGAGCGAAGUGGAACUACGGCCACCCCUAUUCGCGCGCCUACGCAACGGCGGAUAACCCAGCAGGCUACCCUCUACCGCUGCAUCACGCUGGCGUGCCACCUGCGCACGUACCCAUUGGGAGCCUACGCAGCAGCUCGACCAUUGCAUCGCUCAGAGCGCUAUCUCCCGCUGCAUCGCAAGGCCUAGUUGGAGUACCAGCAAGUGCAAAGAGGCAACAUUCAAUUGCGACACUCAUCCCGCGCUUCGAGGACGAUCCGAAGGGGCGCUUCAUUGACGAAAUCGUGCGAGAUGCACACGAGCACGCCGGCUUCGUCAGCGGUGAUGUGCGAGCGCUGUUACAGAAGCUGGAUGCUGCGGCGCGAGACGCAGACCGAAGUAAGAGAAUAGCAACGGGUGCGGAGGAGGAGGCAGCAGCUAGUCGGCCUCAGAGGCGACGCAAGCUCGAGGCUGGCGGAGAAGAGACCGAGUCGGCGGGAGACGACAGCGGCAUCUCUGUCUCAGACUUUGCUGCUGUUCCUGCUGCACCGCCUGACGCUGCAGCAUUGACAAGUAACAACAGGAGAGACAUCAACAGUGCAGCCUCAGCGCUCCCGCCCGAGCAACGUUUCGCGCUGACGGAACGCGCCGCGCUCGACGCCAUCUCUGUAGAUGAGUUCUGGGAGCGCAUGGGCUACCGGCAAGAAUGCUGCUCUGGCAACGCGGUAGGAGUCUUCGUCGCUCUCUUCACGCGUGGGGAGCCGCCUUCAGCUGCCACAAAGGUCAAUGGACACAGACCCGUGCAUGAGAAGAAUAUGGAGGAGGGCAUUGCUGGGAAGGAAAGGCAAGAACGCAGCAUGCAGACACCGCUCACAGGAUGGCGCGGCACGCUUGGCUCUGUUCCCGAGGCGCUGCUCUCCGAGCUGAUUCUGAAGAUGCUCCUUCUGGACAAGAACAACUGGGGCAAGUCGGCCGAUGCGAUCGAGCUUACGCGCAAGUGGGACCAAGCCGUCAGCAGGCUGCUCAAGCGCAAAGGUGAAGGGUUGCUGCAAGCUGCUGCGGCAGCCGCUACAGUUGGGGAGUCAACUGCUAGCGAUUCGCAUGCACAGCAGCAGAAGAUCGGCAAAGGUAUCAUCUGGGACGAGGUCCAGCUCAUUUCCGUCUCGCAAGACGUGCUGGAGCAUGCAAAAGCACUGCAUGAAGCGGCCAAGGGAGCGCAGCAAGCGUCAGGCAUAGUAGGAGCUGGAGGCGCACCAGUCAACAAGAUCAACACGCUUUCAAUCAAGCGUAAGAAGAAAGCCUGAGCUGGGUUAUCUCUUCAUAAUUUGCUGCUUUGCAAUGUACUGCAGGUUUCUCGAAC